AUGAACCUAACAAUUUUCACUCUCAAGAGGCUCGUAAAUUUGAAGCUUCGUGGCUCUGUCAUAAAUGCCCAAGAGUUAGUUUCUUUACCAAAUCUCAGAACCCUGCGCUUGAUGUGGGUGGUAUUCCCUGGUGGUGAUAAUGCCAUAUCAAAGAUUUUCAGGGGCUGUACAUCACUUGUCGGUUUGCUUUUUGGUGAUUGCUUGCCGGAAGAAAUUCAAGUUCUUGAUCUUUCCAUCACUUCCCUCAGCAGAUUGACACUGAUUUAUUCUGGCGUCAACAAAAUUCUCAUUGAUAGCCCAAAUCUUGAAUAUUUGAGGAUAGGUACUAAUGAUACUUAUUUAUAUGUGCUGAAAAACUUGGAGUCGUUAGACAGGGCAAAGGUGUAUGUUGAAUCUAUGCGAAGCUUCUCUCCGAUAAUUGAUGGAUUGUACAGUGUUAAGUUUCUAGAUCUGACUGCACAAUCCUUUAAGGUAACUAUUAUAAAGUUCAAGACUCCUUGUCACGAUAUGCAAUCCCUUUGCUUAUGGUGUGAGACUGAUAAAGAUGAUCCUUGUGGCAUUGUGUCGGAUUUGUUUGAGAUUAAACCUUUUUGUUUGGCUCAGAAGUCAAGGAAAGUAGAAAUUGUUGAUUUCUCUGGCUCUGAACUUCAGUUCACUGUGGUGGAUUAUCUGCUGCAGCACGGAGUUUUACAAGAAUUAAUGAAUUUUAGGUCUUCAGACAGUAAAGAGUCUACUCAAGACUGGCCAUUGUCCAGAUUGAGGAGCUUAGUAACGUUUCCAAGAUGCUCAAAGACCUGGCAAGAUUGA